AUGAGAAUUAGGACCAGCUCCUUCAAUGAACCUGAUGAUUUCUUUUGUUCUUCAGCUGCCAAUUCUUGGGAGCUUCAGUGUGCUGCUGCAUGCAUGAAGGGUGAAAAGGGUGGCCUGUUUUUGAUGUACUGUGCCUCAACUAACGACAACAGCAAAACUCGUUUUGAUUUGCCUACGGCAUGGAUCGAGCCUGAAUCAAACCCAUUUCGGUGCGCGGGCUCGCCGGACUGGAUCCUCUUCGACUCCUUUUGCGGGGUCCCCAGAGUCGCCGCCGGCCUCGGUGUACACUGCGCCUACGUCAGCCUCGUCACCGCCACCGCCAACGCCUUCAUGUGGCCAGCCUUCCUGCUCGCCAUCGGCGACUGGGGCCACCGCGUGAAGCCCGAGGUGAUGGCCACCCAGCCCCGCUGGACCCCUUUCCCCACCUCGCUGGCCUACCGCCGUCACGAGGCCUUGCAGGUGCUGCACGACAUGGUCGAGCUCAGGGGCCUGGGCGUGUCCGGCGCGUUCCGGCUCGGGUCUUCCCUCUCCGGGUGCGACGUCGUGACCGUGCGUAGCUGCCCCGUGCUCGAGCCCGAGUGGCUCUCCCUCCUUGGCUGGCUUUGUGGCAAGCCGGUGCUCCCUCUCGGUCACUUCCCUCCAGCUGCUAUGAAGCACGACGUCGCCGGCAGCUUCACCGAAGGCAACGACUUCUUCCGAUGGCUUGGCAAAAGGGAGGUUCGAUCGGUGGUGUACGUCUCCUUCGGGAGCGAGCUGCUGCGAACCAGAGAACAAGCUCACACAGGUGGCCGACGGCCCCGAGAUCUCCAACCAGGGGCCGGGGACUGGUGA